AUGUCCAAAGAAGGAGACUCCGCGGAACUGUACGGGGCCUCAAAAGACAUGAUCACCGAGUGCACGCCGACCGAUGCGUCUGAGGAAAUUAGCGAGGUCACCCCAAAAGAACAUUUCAGCUUGCUCUCGGCCAUGGGCGUGCAGUUCUCUGUGACCGGAGCGCCUGUCGCAAUUGGCACCUAUUUAUCAUUGGCAAUUGGAUUGGGUGGCUCGCCCGCCUACUUCUGGGGCUUCUUAGUGGUGGGGAUUUUCCAAUUUCCAGUCGUUCUAGCAGUCUCCGAGUUGGCGUCUGCAAUUCCUCAUUCUUCAGGACCUGCACACUGGGUAAUUGUCCUGGCCCCCGAGCGCUACGCCCGCACCCUUGGCUACAUUAUGGGCUGGUUGACAAACGCUGGGUGGUUCUUCGUUUCUUCGGCCUGCCUCCUUUACACGGCACAGUUCACCAUGGCGAUAAUCGAAGCAGCACAUCCAGAUUUCGUGGCCACAUCAUGGCAGACCUACCUGGUCUAUUGCGCCUAUGGAGUACUAUGUCUGGCCAUUAAUCUACCUCGAAUUUUCAGGACGAUGCAUUACUUGCUUAUCGCUGCCCUCUUCGUCAUCAACGGCACAGCAGUCUGGUAUCUUAUCAUCUUCUUGGCCCGUGCCCAGCCCAAACAAAGCGGACAUGCGGUCUUUAUUGAUUUUGUGAACGUUUCCGGCUGGUCCAACGGCACUGUCUUUUUUGUGGCCUUAUUACCUGCCUUCUCUUGUCUAUCGGGACUUGACAACGCCACCCACUUGACGGAUGAAAUAGGAAAUCCCCGGAAGAAAAUCCCACAGGUGAUUAUUGGGACAUUCCUAUUGAACUUCUUCACCGCGCUACCAAUGAUCGUGGUCUACGAGUUUUGCAACGUUGAUCCGGAAAGUAUGCUCACACCGGUCGGAGGCCAGUCCAUGAUCCAGCUCAUGCUUAAUGCCUUCCGUUCGCUCCCUCUGACGAUAUUCAGUACAUGCCUGAUUAUCUAUAGCUUCUUUGUGGCAUCUGCAUCUUCACUGAUCACCUGGUCUCGACUCUACUGGUCUUUUUGUCGCGAAGGAGCUCUACCAUUCUCCACAAAAAUGUCGCAACUUACAUCUGGAGACAGCUUGCCUGUCAAUGCUUUGUUCUGGAACACGUUCCUCCUGCUUGCAAUUGGAGCCAUUAGCAUCGGUUCAUCUACAGCUAUGAACGCUCUCCUCGGAGCUGCUAACGUGUGCCUAUUAUCCGCCAUAGUCACAGCAUUUGGAUUGACUCUCUAUAAAGGGCGCAAGACGUUGAACCCUGAUCGUUGGCUUAACUUAGGACGCUGGGGGGAUGCGAUUUUCUGGCUAGCAUCAUUGUGGAGUGUAUUUAUCGCCGCGAUGCUGAGCAUGCCUCUUUAUCUCCCGGUGACACCGACCACUAUGAACUGGACUUGUGCCGUCGUCGGAGGAGUUGUGGUUAUUGCAACCAUAUACUGGUUUGCCGUUUUCUCCAAGGACAAAAUGGCCCAACAGGCAGGACAUGAGGACCAGCAGUGA